AAGACUGAUUUCUGGAAGCUCUGCUUACUGCUUUUAUAUCUCCAUUUUGAGUGGAUACUAUUGGUCUCUAAGUGAGAUCCAUGUAUUUAUUUUUCUAUUAAGAUCAAUUUAGUUCUCGAGUUCUCGAGUCUCUUACCGUAGUCUUGAGUGCUAAGUAAUUAAUAAAUUUCCGAUGGGUGCAAGUAGUUUUAGUUUGCAUUCAAAAUAAUUUGUUGUAACACCAUAAGAACUGUUAAAGUUUGGAUUUUGUAAACGUGCCUUUCAUCUUUGAUCUUUACACUGUUUAGUACAACAAAUAGGAUUCUUAAGAUUUCAAGGGCCUUGUUUUUGUGAACUAGAGUGUUUUAAAGAAAUACAUCAUGCUCGAUAACGGAACCAGAGAUUUCGUCUAAAUGUUUUGAUAUUUAUCAUAAUCUAAAUGUUAAGUUUUCUUCUAUCCGGUUGUAAAAGAUCUGAUUUCACCAAGAUGAUAUUCUAAGAUUGUCAUUGAAAACUUGUUCCCAAGUUUUCUAAAGUUAAAUUGGGUUGUGUUAAUGAACUUUGUUCUGAACUGUCUAACAAUUGUCUGGAAUUGUCUCUGAAAUUUGUCUAUGAUACCAUAUCUUUUAAGACGUCCCAUCGUUUCCGUGACUACAGAGGAAACAUUGGGGAAUUCUUUGACUGAAACAGCUGCAAUUAAUCAGAUGCUUGAAACAGUUCAAGUGUAUGACAUUACUUGAUGAAAUUAAAUAAAUAAACAAUUUAUCAAGAGGUACUUGACUGCCCUAUAAAUUACUCAUCAUCCACCACAACAGGCAACAGUUUCUAUUUUGAACUCUGUGAGUAAAGUAACAAUGAAGAUCACACUUUUUGUUUUGAUUUCUCUGGCCGUUGUUUUCACUUCGGCAGAAAGUGAAGUUGCUCCACGUGGACUGCAAGAUGAUUUCAACGACUUCCUGAGUCUUGUGAAUUUGAAACAAGUCAAGCGUGUUGCUCUCAAGUACUACACUACGGACAAGGAAACUAAGCAGUUCGUGAAGUAUCUGAAAGGAGACACGUUUGGAGCUGUCUGGGAUCAGGUGUUCACGAAUGAGCACGUGAGGAGCUUCCUGAAGUACGUCCAAGAUUCCGGUGUUGAUGUCCAGUCUGCUGUCAACCAGGUUGCCAAGUUCCUCAAACAUCCUUUCCUCAACCUCGAAGAUCUCACCCGUAAACCAAACAAGGGAUUGAAGAAUCUCGUUAAGGAAGUUCUCGCAUUGGUGCCACUGGAUGACUUCAAGACACUCUUCGACGAGAAGAUGCAAUCCAGUGAGGAAUUCAAGCAUUUCUACGAUACUGUGGCCAGCUUCGACUACCAAGCCAUGCAAGAGUUCGUUGCCAACUCACCUGAACUAUUGGACCUCUUCGAGACUCUCAAGUCCUAUGAUCUUGAUGUCGAUGGAUUUGUACAUCAAGUGGAAGAAUUUUUCGCCCAAAGUGACGAAUUUGAAAAUCCAGGAUUUUUCGAUUUCGAACCCUUCCUCACUCCCGAACUCAAUGAGGACUUUGCGGAUUUUGUGAAUUUACUCCCAGUCGAUAAGGUCCUCGAGGUAGCAGAGUACCAUUAUGAGAACAAUAAAGGACUCAACAAGACGCUGAACUAUCUCAGAACGAACAAAUUUGCCAAGCAUUGGGAUAAUUUGUUCUCCCUUACUGAGGUGGAUAAGUUUGUUGAUUACGUAAAUCAGACAGGUCUCAAUGUCUUCGGGCUCUUGAAUGACUUCGCUGCGUACUUUGAACUGACCCCUGUUGGUGAGGACUUUGAAGAUGAUGAGGAAAGAGUUGAGUUCACCUGGGGAUUCAAUGCUUUAUUGAACGAUGUGGUCGAGCUCUUUCCCAAGGAAGACUUGAAGGCUCUCUUCGAUCAGAAGGUAGCCAAUGGCGGAGAAUUUGCAGAAUUUGUGGCUAACUAUUCCACAGACGAAUUCAAGAAGCUCCUGAAGAAACUGGAAUUGUCUCCAGUUGCACAGAAACUCUUCAAGCGUUUCCGUAAACACGGUCUAGAUGUGCACAAGCUUGUUGGUUGGAUGUUUGAAUCAGUUUCAGUACGAGUGACUUCAAGUGUUGAACCCAAAAUGAAAGUAUUGAUUUGCUUGUCCCUUUUCGUGGCUGCCACUGUGGCCCUUCAUCUGCCUCCAAGACCACUGCCAGAGUUUGAUCAUCACCAUGAUUCAUCUUUCCCACGACCACAACCACCUCAUAUUCCUGACUUCCCAAACCCUGCUCUCGAGGAACUGUUCCAUGAUAUUCGUGACUUCAUGAGGAUUCUGCCUCACAAGGACAUGCGCCAGUUGGUGAAGACUGCCUACAAGAAUGAUGAGGAACUUCGUCAAACCAUCAGGUACAUGCGUUCUCCUCAGUUCCACCACACCAUGAAGGAGAUUGGACACCUCCCAGAAGUCCAGGAGCUCUUCAUGCCCUUCCACGAUCAUCACAUCGAGACUGAUGAUCUGACCAUUAGGAGCCUUGCUUUCAUUGAUCAUGAAUUCGACGUUCAACUCUUGCCAACUCCUACUCGCGACGCUUCUGCAACUGGUGGUAUCUGUGGUCUCAUUGACCGCAUCAUUGCUAUCCUACCCCACAAUGAACUUCGUGAGCUCCACCGUGAGAAGGUUGCCAAUGGCGGUGUUUUUGCCGAGAUCGCCACUUUCCUGACCAGCGAUGAAUUCCAGCAGCGUCUCCACACCGUCCUCCAGUCUGAGCGUUUCCUUGAACUCGAUGCAGCUCUCCGUGAACGUGGUGUAUGCCUCGAUAAGUUCAUUGAGCUCCCAAUGAACAUGUUCGGAUUCCACUAA